AUGGUGGCACUGGGGAACACAUCGCCCCGCCAGCUCUGCUGCCCCUUCUGCCGCCGGCACAGCCCGGUGCCCAGUGGGGACGUGCAGCAGCUGCAGGAUGACGGCGAAGCACUGGUGCUGCUGACGGGCCGUGAGCAGGCCAAGAAGCGGGGUCUCCCCCAUUCCCCUGAGCUCCUCCUCUGCCCCAGCGUGCUGGAGCCCCCACCCAGCCCCGACUGCCUGGUCGUCACCAUCCUGGAGGUGCCAGAAGAUGUGGCUCCACCAGAGAGCCUGGGCGGGCCGGAGGGGGGGCGGGUGGCACGCCCGAAAAAAACGAUGCCCUGCCACGGCCCCGGGCAGAAAUGCUGCUCCUGGGGCUGGCGGGCUGUCCCCCACUUCAUCCUGGGGGUCCUCUGCCUCCUCUACUUCAGCUCCCUGCCCUUCGGCAUCUACCUCCUGCUCAUCGAGCACCACAGCCUGGGCAUCGUCCUGGUCAGCCUUGUGCCCUCCACCCUCCUCCUCUGCAUCAUCUACAGCCUCUGCCAGUGUCUAUGCCGGGAGGUCUUUGGGUUCCCACACUCCUGA